CAACACUCAAUGCAUUGAAUUGAAUGCAAAAUUCAAACCAAAAGACAAAUUAGUUUUCAUUUUUUCACUUUUAUUUGUGUUUUUGGUUUCAAUUUGAAGACAAUCUUUGGUGCAGAGGAUGAGCGACGAAGAGAUGGUGACCACUGAUGGCGAGGAAUACAACGCGGAGUUGACUGAAGAGGAAGUGGAGGGAUGGCGCAAGUCGUGGGAGAUCACAGACCACUGGGUGUUGCGCCGGGACUUCAUACUCACCCAUAAGGUGAAGUACCCCUUGGAUCGGCUCCUGUGUCUCGCCCAGACAUUCGUCAACAUCAAUGUCUUGGGCAACGAAUACGACCCGCAGAUUAUGAAACUGAUCGCCCGAUUGGCUGAAGACGUGACCAGUUUUCAUGAAUUUAAGAGAAAUAAUUUGCUUAAGAAGUGAUGAAGUGAUCCAUUGGUUUAGCG